UUUACCAUUCCAUCCAUGUAAAUUAGUAACACUAUGAUACUGACAAUACGGGCCAAUCAUCACUCACCUUAUCUCAAACAAAGAGACACCAUAGAUUCCAUAGUUCAAUUUCAUCUGAAUCUUUUUGUGAAUCAUGGUGUCCAAAUGUAUCAGCAUCAACCUCCAUCCCCAUCUUCAACUUUCCCAGAAGCCAAUCACCCCCUGCAAAUUCCCCACUCCUUUAUUGUCACAUAACACAUCCACCAUAGCAUCUUCCACUCACAACUUCUUCCCCACUUCUCUUAGGAAAAAAUGCAACAUUUUGACCACAAUGGCAUCAACCAAAUCGGAUUUCACCUCUGAAUUCAACGAUUUCCAACCUGAUCCCGCGCUCACCAAUGAAGAUCUCAAGCCAACAGAACUCAAUCAUAGGACUUUCUCUUGGUGGGAAAUGGCCAGUCUUUGGAUUGGCCUUGUUGUUGGUGUUCCAUCUUACUACUUGGCUGGCAGUCUUGUUGAUCUCGGCAUGGCUUGGUGGCAAGGAAUCGCCACUGUUGUUGCUGCAAAUAUAAUUUUGUUAGUCCCUUUAAUACUUACAGGCCAUCCUGGAACAAAAUAUGGAAUUUCUUUUCCAGUCCUGGCUCGAUCUUCUUUUGGUAUUCGUGGUGCUCAUAUUCCUACACUCCUUAGAGCAUUGGUUGGCUGUGGUUGGUAUGGGAUUGAAACUUGGAUUGGUGGUGAGGCAAUUUUUCUUCUUUUGCCUAAAUUCAUUAAACAAUCUUCACAGUCUCAGAGUUUACCAUGGCUUGGUACAUCUCCUUUAGAAUUUGCUUGUUUUAUUGCCUUUUGGUUUGCCCAAUUGACUAUUGUUUGGAAAGGGAUAGAAGGAAUUAGAGAGCUUGAAAAAUACUCAGCUCCAAUUUUGAUCAUACUCACUUCUAGUUUUCUCUUCUGGGCUUAUUCCAAAGCCGGUGGAUUUGGCCACAUGCUCUCUAUAACUUCCCGGCUAUCUUCUUCAGAAUUUUGGUCACUAUUUUUCCCUUCACUCACUGCAAAUAUCAGCUUCUGGGCUACUCUUGCACUUAACAUUCCUGAUUUUACUCGAUACGCCAAGAGCCAAACCGAUCAAAUUGUGGGUCAGGCUGGCCUUCCAAUUUUUAUGGGGGCAUUUACAUUUGUCGGCCUUGCAAUAACCUGCUCUACUGAAGUCAUUUUUGGUCAUGUUAUUUCUAGUCCAAUUCAACUUCUUGGAAAAAUUGGAGGAAUCACAACAAUAAUCUUAGCCAUUUUAGGCAUCAGUCUAGCCACCAUUACAACCAAUAUUGCAGCCAAUGUUGUAGCUCCAGCAAAUGCACUUGUUAAUCUUAGUCCUUCGAAUAUCACAUUCAGAAGAGGGGCUUUUUUAACUGCAUUGGUUGGAAUUGCAUUCCAACCUUGGAGGCUUCUUAAAUCGAGUGAGAGUUUUGUGUACACAUGGUUAGUUGGGUAUUCUGCUUUGUUGGGUCCAAUUGGUGGCAUAAUUUUAGCAGAUUACUAUCUCAUUCACAGAGCAAAAUUAAGUGUCAAGGACUUGUAUUCUUUGAGUCCUAAUGGAGCUUACUACUAUUCAGGGGGCUACAAUUUGGCAGCCAUUGCAGCUUUGAUUAUUGGGAUUUUGCCUGUGAUUCCUGGUUUGUCACACAAGGUUGGGUUCCUCUCCACGAUUCCUGAUAGUCUUACUGUAAUUUAUAACAAUGCUUGGUUUUUCAGCUUCUUCUCUGCAGGUUUAAUCUAUUGGAUUCUGUCAUGUUUGAAGGGAAAACAAGACUCUCCACCCUUAGAAAAAGAACCCCUUUUGCCCAGUACAGCAACUUAAGUUUUUGUUUGUUUGGUUAUUUCCUUUCUCCUUUUUUGUAACAUAAUAGUUUUGUAGUGUAAAGAUAGAUACCCAUGAAACAUGAUUUCAAAAACUAUAUGCUAUGAAAAAGAGAAUUAAUGUAUAAACAAAUUAAAUUGUUAUUUGUCUUGUUCAAGAAUGCAUAAGGU